UUCUAAAUUUUGUGUCAAAUAAGUGCCAGAAUGGGGCUAUUUGUUUCGACAACACAAAAUUUGUAAGAUGAGAAUAUUUUCUUAUAAAACUAAGUACUUAAUUUUGGCAAUUCUCUCAAAUUAUAUUUUACAAUUUCUUUCGUACGUGAUAUACUGCGGUGAUUUGGAAAAGACCUGCUAUCUUUACUCAUAGCUGAUCGCAAUGGGCACAAAAUCUUGCAGCCAUAUCGAAUCCGAUAGGAUGGUGGAGAUACUGAAGAAUCAGCUGUAUUUUGCAGUAAUCAGGGGACUUUCUGGUAAAAAAAUAAAAACCACGGAUGACGCCUUGUACUUUUCGAUUGAUGACGAAUUCGAAUACCAAAAUUAUUAUUACGAUUUCGGUCCGUACAAUAUUUCUUAUCUCUAUAAGUACUGCAUCAAACUGAACAAGUUUUUGCAGUAUUCUCAAGGUCAGAAAAGGGUCGUUCAUUGCACAAGUACGAAUGCGGAAAAAAAGGUGAAUGCCGCAUAUCUCAUCGGGAGCUACUGCAUUAUUUAUUUGAAGAUCCACCCUGCUGAAGUAACCAAAUUGUUGAUGAAAGCUGGGCCUUACAAGCAAUUCAUGGACGCGUCUCAAAUCCCCUGCCCCUUCACCAUAAAACUGGAGUUUUGCUUCAACGCGAUUUCCAAGGCCGUGGCCUUCAACUUCUUCAACUUCGACGAUUUCGAUGUGACUGAGUAUGACAUGUACGAAAAGUUGCAAUUCGGAGAUAUGAACUGGCUGGUGCCGAGGAAAUUUCUGGCCUUCAUCGGACCGAACAGUAGCGAGUUCCUAAAUGGUCAUCCGCCUGAUUACUACAUAAAAUAUUUCCUCAAAAACGACAUCAAGACGGUCAUAAGGUUGAACAACAAAAUGUACGACGCUGCAGUUUUCAGCAACGCUGGCAUCGCUCAUUACGAUCUGAUCUACCCUGACGGAUCCACGCCUUCGAAGGACAUCCUGAUGAAAUUCCUUCUUAUAGCCGAGACCGCGCCAGCAGCUGUAGCAGUUCACUGCAAGGCUGGUCUUGGAAGAACAGGAUCCCUGAUCGGUGCUUACAUCAUAAAGCAUUAUAGAAUGUCGGCCAAAGAAGCUAUAGCUUGGAUGAGGAUCUGUAGACCUGGAUCUGUGAUUGGUCAACAGCAGGUCUGGCUGGAAAAACUGGAAUCUUGGCUGUGGAACUGUGGCACGAUAUACAGGAACAAGCAUUACGGCGAAGGAGAGAAAAUUCCGCGCCACAAGUUCGGCAUCUACAGUAAAAUAUGGCCGGUCGAAAGAAACAGGAUACUGCGUGAAGCAAGACGAAAAUAUUCUUCGCAGUACUCGGUCAGCGACCCGGAACACCUUGCUCAGACGAACAAAAAAUUGAGCACUGCCAUAAUGCGCAGCAAACCUCCGUAUUUUCGGUCCAGAAUGAAGAACAUCAAAGAGGGAAAUUGUUUCGAAGACAUAUCGGAGUUGUUGAGGACGGUGUAUGGCCUGGAAAAAAAUAAAAGUAGACAACAUAAUCGCACCAUGCCUAACAUUCGGGCUUCAGCUGGCUCGGAAUCGAGACGUCAUACCGCAACGCCAAUAAGAAUUUUUGGCAGUCAGAUGCAGCGACGUACAACCGCAGAAGAUGUAGCUAACGACCAGUCAACAUCCACCCUUUUACAAAAGUCUCGAAUGCCAGAGACUGAAUCUCAAGGGGAUAAUCAGUACACGGAAAGAUCAGAAGAAGAUCGUUCUAGCAUGAAGAACAAAUCGGGUCCAGUAGUCGUCCAGGUACCAGCAAGAAGAAAAAACGUGUUUAAAGUGGAUACGGACACAGACACAAGCAAUUACGUUCACAGUUACAUGGAAGAAAAGGCCAGAAGAAAGGCUCUAUCGGGAAAAAUCAAGGUAACACAAGGGGAUAAACUUCUAGAGCGGAAAGUAAUAAAAAGUGGAAACAUCGUACGUCUAAGAAAACCAUCGGGAAGUAUCGUUAAUAGUAAUAAUGGACAUACGGCCGAAAGUGAUUUCAACAGCACGGCGAACUUGGAUGCUAAUAGUUAUGUUUAUUCUGAUCAUCAAUAAUGUAUUUCAAAGAAAAUUUGUGAAACAUCAUUAAUUUCGUUUUCAGUGUAUCUUUUUUCGUAGUGGGUACGUUUGUAAUAAAGCUCCAAAUAAAACGUU